AUAAAUAUUGGUUUAACCAUAAAAAUGUCUUCCGCUGCUAAAACACCCAGAAGCUGCUGGCGCAAGUAUUUUACAAUAAGGAAGGAAAAUGCAACCGCAAAAUGUAAAUACUGCCCAAAAGAGUUAAAAACAUGCAAUAACACUACAAACUUGAAACAGCACAUGGAAAGAAAACAUUCUGAUGUCUUACAAGCUGACGAGAAUUCACAUGAAGUUGAUGUCCAGGAUACUACCAAUUUGAGGCAUAAUGAUUCAUUGUUCCAGUUCGACAAAUCACCCACUCCUGCACAACAAAUCUACAAUCCGAAAGAUAAAUUUGAGAAUACCCGCAAAUGA